GAUCGGUUAGCGAUUUAAAAACGCUUCCGCGUCCUCAUUUUUCGUAAACGAGGAAGAGGCCCGCCUAAAUUGAGAGAGAGAGAGAGAGAGAGAGCGUAGAGAUUUUUAAUGCGCGCCUAAAUUUAGAGAGAGAGAGAGAGAGAGAGCUUAGAGAUUUUUAGAGAGAGAGAGAUUUUUUUAGAGAGAGAGGGACCCCACGCGUCGGUGGAGACAGGUUUUAAGAGGGAGAUUGCAAAUUUCUUAGAGAGAGACGGACCGCAUACGUGAAGUGAGAGGAGGCAACGACACGGCUUUACAGUUACAUAGGAAGCGACGAGGAAGCUUCCUGUCUCUGUAAUUGCCUCUGCAACUUCAUACCUCCCUAUACAUCCGUUUCCUUCUCCGCACGAAGCCCUAGGAAGAAGCGGCUCCAUGCUCUAUCUUCUCCAAAUCCGCCGUUAAAUAUCUUCUCAAGUGGCAUUUGAUCUGGUGCUUACAAAGCCGGUAUCAUCUCUCCUGAGACAGCCAUUGUUGCUGGUUCGAUGAGUUCUCCCUGGAACUCUUCACCUUAUCGGAGGCAGAUGGACGAGGAGAGGGCACAUGGGGAUGAUUUGUCGCCCUUCGAUUCAGAUGACUCUGGACUUUUCCAUAUUCCAGCCAAGAAAGCUCCCAUUGAGAAGCUCAAGCGAUGGAGGCAAGCAGCCCUUGUGCUCAAUGCUUCGAGACGGUUUCGUUACACCUUAGAUUUAAAAAAGGAAGAAGAGAAAGAGCAAAUAAGAAGAAAAAUUAGGGCCCAUGCUCAAGCUAUACGAGCAGCAUUACUCUUCAAGGCAGCUGGUGAAGGGAAAGUACCAGGUCCUCCUCAAGAAGUUACUAGACCAGUUCCAGAUGGUUACGGAAUUGGUCCCGAUGAGCUUGUUGCAAUGAGCCGCGAUCAUAACCUUCCUGCCUUGCAGGCACAUGGAGGGGUCAAAGGACUAGCGAACCUUUUAAAGACCAAUUUGGAGAAGGGUCUUGGUGAAGAUGAGAGUGAAAUUCUCCAUCGCAGGAAGGCAUUUGGAGAAAACACAUAUCCCAAGAAAAAAGGACGAAAUUUUUUUAUUUUCCUUUGGGAAGCCAGUAAAGACUUGACUCUCAUCAUCUUAAUGGUAGCCGCGGCUGUUUCACUGGGAAUGGGUAUUAAAACUGAGGGCAUCAAGGAAGGAUGGUAUGAUGGGGGGAGCAUAGCUUUAGCUGUUAUUAUUGUUAUACUGGUCACUGGUAUAAGUGACUACAAACAAUCUCUUCGAUUCCAAGAUUUAAAUGAUGAGAAGAGGAAUAUAAGGAUCGAGGUUAUUAGGGGCGGUAGGAGACUCCAUAUCUCAAUAUUUGAUAUAGUUGUUGGUGAUGUAGUACCACUUAAAAUUGGUGAUCAGGUGCCUUCAGAUGGUGUCCUCAUUGUUGGACACUCACUUGCAAUUGAUGAAUCUAGUAUGACUGGGGAGAGCAAGACAGUUCACAAAGAUCAAAGAGAUCCGUUUAUGAUGUCUGGUUGCAAGGUGGUUGAUGGAUAUGGCAGUAUUCUAGUAACAGCUGUAGGAUUAAAUACUGAAUGGGGUCUAUUGAUGGCUAGUAUUUCAGAGGACAGUGGCGAAGAAACUCCUUUGCAGGUACGCUUGAAUGGUGUUGCUACUUUGAUUGGUGCGAUUGGAAUUUCUGUAGCCGUUCUUGUUCUAGGUAUCCUUUUGGUUAGAUACUUCACGGGAAAUACAAAGGACCCUGGUGGUGCUGUUCAGUUCAUAAAGGGAAAGACAAAAACUAGCACUAUCCUCGACGAUUGUGUCAAAAUAUUUGCAAUUGCAGUCACUAUCGUUGUUGUAGCUGUUCCUGAAGGGCUUCCACUGGCAGUUACCUUAACAUUAGCAUAUUCUAUGAGAAAGAUGAUGGCAGACAAGGCCUUGGUUCGGAGGCUCUCAGCCUGUGAAACUAUGGGCUCUGCUACAACAAUAUGUAGUGACAAAACAGGAACGCUGACCUUAAAUCAGAUGACUGUCGUUGAGGCAUUUGUUGGUGGGGCGAUGGUACAUCCACCAGAAAACACUGAGAAGAUGUCUCCAAAGGUAGCUUCUCUAAUAACUGAAGGCAUAGCUCAGAAUACUACAGGCAGCGUCUUUAUUCCGGAGGGAGGCAGAGCUCCAGAUGUCACUGGUUCACCAACUGAGAGGGCUAUCCUCUCCUGGGGUCUGCAGCUCAGAAUGGAUUUUGAUGUCUUGCGAUCUAUUUCUUCAGUUCUCCAUGUCUUCACCUUCAAUUCAGAGAAAAAACGGGGAGGUGUUGCAAUCAAGCUGUCAGAAUCUGAAGUCCAUAUACAUUGGAAAGGAGCUGCAGAAAUAAUCUUGGCUUCCUGCACUCAAUGGCUUGACAAAGAUGGAGUAGAACAUCGAAUGGAUGGUGAUAAGAUAGCGGAGUUUCAGAAAGCUAUUGACGAGAUGGCGGCAGCUAGUUUGCGUUGUGUUGCGUUUGCAUAUAGGGUAUGUAAUGUCGAAGGGGUUCCACAGGGUGAAGAAGAGUUGGAGCAGUGGGCGAUGCCCGAGGAUGACCUUGUUUUAUUAGCAAUUGUAGGGAUCAAGGAUCCAUGUCGGCCAGGUGUGAUUGAAGCUGUGAGGCUGUGCCAACGUGCUGGUGUAAAGGUGCGCAUGGUCACUGGAGAUAAUAUUCAAACAGCAAAAGCAAUUGCAUUGGAGAGUGGGAUACUCGACACCGGAAUGCCAUGUGAACCACCAUACAUAAUUGAGGGAAAAGCAUUUCGUAGCUAUGAUGAAAAAGGCAGGGAGCAAAUUGCACCAAAAAUAACUGUUAUGGGUAGAUCUUCUCCUAAUGACAAACUUCUACUUGUGCAAGCUUUGCGAAAGAGGGGGCAUGUUGUUGCUGUAACGGGAGAUGGUACUAAUGAUGCUCCUGCUUUGCAUGAGGCAGAUAUAGGUCUUUCAAUGGGUAUUCAAGGAACUGAAGUUGCAAAAGAAAGCUCAGAUAUUAUCAUUCUAGAUGACAAUUUUUCAUCUGUUGUGAAGGUUGUUCGUUGGGGGCGUUCAGUAUAUGCAAAUAUUCAGAAGUUUAUUCAGUUCCAGCUCACCGUCAAUGUUGCAGCCCUUGUUAUAAACUUUGUUGCUGCUGUUUCAUCAGGAAAUGUCCCUCUUAAUGUGGUGCAGCUUCUUUGGGUUAAUCUUAUCAUGGAUACUCUUGGAGCCCUUGCAUUGGCCACUGAACCACCAACAGAUCACCUUAUGGUUAGAGCUCCAGUUGGUCGAAGGGAACCUCUAAUUACAAAUGUCAUGUGGAGAAACUUAACUGGCCAGGCUUUGUAUCAAGUGGCUGUUCUGCUAAUCCUCCACUUUGAUGGUACAAGUAUCUUACGGCUGAAGAGCAGACCCAGGGCAGAAGCUGAUAAAGUGAAAAACACCGUUAUUUUCAACGCAUUUGUCUUUUGCCAAGUGUUCAAUGAAUUUAAUGCUAGGAAGCCGGAUGAGCUGAACAUCUUUGAGGGGGUGUUAAAAAAUAAAUUAUUUAUGGGGAUUGUGAGUUUCACAGUGGUUCUUCAGAUUUUGAUCAUUGAGGUCCUUGGAAAGUUCACUUCUACUGUCAGACUUUCUUGGUAUUAUUGGCUCAUCUGUCUUGCGAUCGGCCUCCUUAGUUGGCCCCUGGCUUUCAUUAUAAAGGUGAUUCCAGUUCCUGCAAGACCAAUUGGGGAGUAUAUUCGCAAGAAGCAACACACUCCGCUAGAUGCGCUUUCACCAUCAUCUGCACAUGGAGAGAACUGAAGGCCGGAUGGUGGCUUACACUGAAGUCCUUUUCACAUGAGAUUGUGUCGAGUAGAGAAGGAUUGGGCUUCUGUGGUCUUCUGGUGGUGGUUCUUGUGUGACUGCCUUUUAUGUUUGAAGUGAGUGCAUUUUAUGUUUAUUAUAGAAACUGUUUUCUUUUUCUUGCUUAACAUCAUCCCGUGAUUGAAGUUCAACACGCCAUCCACUAAUUUCUGCUUACUCUAACUCAAGAUGUAUAGAUAUUUUCUCAUAAAUGUAAAUGGAUUUCAGAUUUUUUUUA